UCACAUUUUUAUGUGAUAUUUCUGUUAAACAUUUUGACAGGCAGAAUUCCUGAUGAGAUUGGUCAUCUUAACUUGGACUAUUUAGUCGUGGAAAACAAUAAAUUAACUGGCUCAAUCCCUUUAACCAUAUUCGGCAUUUCAUCACUUGGACUUUUAUAUAUGGGGAAUAACAAGCUUGAAGGACCUUUACCAAGAGAGGUUGGAGAUUUGACUUUGCUUAGCGUUCUUGAUCUUGGAAAUAAUAAGUUGACAGGUGUAAUUCCUGAUGAAAUCGGUAACCUUCAACUGAUGUCGCAACUUGAGUUGGAUUUGAAUAACUUUAGUGGGUCGAUCCCUGUUGGUAUCUUCAAUAUGUCAAGUCUUAUAGUAAUUUCACUCGCACAAAACCACAUUUCAGGUAAUAUUCCUUCCACUAUAGGCCAUUGGCCACCCAAUAUUCAACAAAUCCAUCUACUUGACAAUAACAUUAAUGGUGUUUUACCAAGUUCCAUCUCGAAUUUGUCAAUGCUUACCGUUCUCAAACUCAGUGGAAAUAAACUUAGGGGAUCAAUUCCUAACUCUUUGGGAAAUUUAACAAUUCUUGAAGUUGUUGACUUGUACGGUAACUCCUUGACAAGUGAUUUGAGCUUUAUUACUCCUUUGGCCAAUUGGAAAUUCUUAAGAGAAUUGAUAUUGUCUUUCAAUCCCUUAAAUGCAAUGCUUCCAAAUUCCAUCGGCAAUAUUUCUUCUCUUCAAACGUUUUCAGCAGAUGGCUGUAACCUCAGGGGUCAUAUUCCAGUGGAAAUUGGGAAUUUGAGAGUUUUGUCUUUGUUGAAGCUGGGAGACAAUGAAUUUACUGGCAUUGUCCCCAUGACAAUAAGUUCUCUAAAAAACCUUCAACAGUUUUCACUUGGAGCAAACAGAAUAAGUGGUCCUUUCCCAAAUGGUUUGUGUGAGCUAUCCAACUUGGGUUUGUUAAACCUUUCACGAAAUCAAAUGCAGGGAAGUAUUCCUAGUUGCUUAGGGGAUGUGACUUCCCUAAGGGAGGUUUAUCUUGAUUCUAAUAACUUCUCUGCUAUCAUACCUUCAAGUCUAGGGAAACUCAACGACAUUUUGAAGCUGAACUUGUCUUCUAAUUUCUUCAAUGGUUCUCUACCACUAGAAUUUGGAAACCUCAAGUCUGCAAUACAUGUGGAUCUUUCCUGGAACCAAAUCUCAGGAAACAUUCCAACUACAUUGGGAGGUCUACAGAAAUUGACUCAACUAUCUUUGGCUCAUAACAGAAUUAAAGGAUCUAUUCCUGAGACAUUUGGGGAACUCAUAAAUUUGGAAGCAUUGGAUCUUUCAUAUAACAAUAUAUCUGGUGUGAUUCCAAUGUCAUUAGAGGAACUUAAGCAACUAGGCUCCUUUAAUGUCUCAUUCAACCGGUUACACGGGGAAAUUCCAAAUGGAGGACCUUUUGUUCAUCUCCCUUACCAGUCCUUCAUGUCGAAUGAAGGAUUGUGUGGUAACCCUCAAAAGCAUGUCCCACCUUGCCCUUCUAAUUCAAAGAAUCGUUCUAAUUCAAAGAAAAGAAGACUGAUGUGGAUUGUAGUUGCAUCAUCACUUAUCGUUGUAAUAGUGCUUGCUUCAGCAAUUGUUUUCGUGUUGAGGAGACGUCGGGUUAAAGCAGUCAAAGCUGAAGAUGAGUGGUUGCCUGAGGUAGCAUCACAAAGAAUUUCGUACUAUGAACUUCAAAGAGCAACUCAGGGCUUUGAUGGAAAUAACUUGCUAGGUAGUGGAAGUUUUGGUUCUGUUUACAAAGGGACAUUGGCAGAUGGGAUGAUAGUGGCUGUCAAAGUUUUCAAUGUGCAGAUGGAAGGUACAUUUCAAACCUUUGAUAGAGAAUGUGAAGUCUUACGGAAUCUUCGUCACAGAAAUCUCACCAAGAUCAUUAGCAGCUGUUGUAACUUGGAUUUUAAAGCAUUGAUACUUGAGUACAUGCCAAAUCAGAGCUUAGACAAGUUGCUUUAUUCUCGAGAUUAUUGUUUAAAUAUAAAGCAAAGAUUGAAUAUCAUGGUCGAUGUUGCAUCUGCUCUGGAAUAUCUCCAUCAUGGUUACUCGGUACCAGUUAUCCAUUGUGAUCUGAAGCCUAGCAAUGUCUUACUUGACAACGACAUGGUGGGACACCUGAGUGACUUUGGCAUUGCAAAACUUUUAACUAAGGAAGAAUCUAUUGCUCACACUACAACCUUUGCGACAAUUGGUUACAUUGCUCCAGAGUAUGGUUUGGAAGGCCUUAUAUCCAAGAGGUCUGACGUUUAUAGUUAUGGUAUCAUGUUGCUCGAAACUUUUACCGCGAAGAAACCUAAUGAUGAAAUAUUCACCGGAGAUUUGAAUUUGAGAAGCUGCGUGUAUAAUUCGCUUCCUGAUGAGUUGGACCAGAUCAUAGAUGCCGACUUACUAACAUUGGAUGAACAAAACUUAAGUCAAAAGUUGCAAUGUGUGUCAUCCAUCAUGGAGUUAGCCAUGAAUUGCACAGCUAAUAUUCCAGCUGAAAGGAUGAACAUGACUGAUGUUGUAGCAGCAUUGGAAAAGAUCAAACAGAAGCUUUCUUCUUGUUAUUGAAUGACCUAAACCCAUGACAAGAAUGUUACUGGAAGUUACUACAACUAUGGAGAAUACUGUUAUGAAAAGCCGCUGAUAGUUUGUCUACUGUUUUCUUUUGCUUGAUGAUCUGUAUUUAUUUUAAGAAUUUAAACUUUAAUAUGCACUGAUCCUUCAUUCAUGAUUUGAGGUGAGUCUACUCUACAAAGUAUUUCUACUUUAAUGAUCAACAAAAACCAGUGCUUCUUUUAAGCAAAGUGUUCCUUAUCUGUCAUAAGUAAAUAAUUUGUUGAAUGGCACAC